AUGUCUCCUCAUUCUGAUCUGAUAUGUCCCUUCUCUUUCUCUCUUCUAUCGCCUUCCACUUAUUUUGAAAUGAAGCCUAUCAAGACACUUGAUCUCGUCUCAAAGCUAUCAUCUCCCCUUCCACCUCCAAAAGAUGCAACCACCACCGACGAAACAACGAUGGAUGAAAUGCCGGAGUGGGUUGCGAAGCUCGCCGUCGAUAAAGGAGCCACAUUUGCAUGGAAAGUAAUGGAUAAACAAAUCUAUGCUUCCGACGCAAGCGACCAACAGAACCGCUUCAUGAUAAAGAAGCAAAUCGCAGAAGACCAGAUAAUGCCGAUGAUGACAGAAGAGGAGAUUAUAGCAGCGAAUCUGAUAAUCACUUCAAAUAAGCGGCGGAUUUACGGCGAAGAAAAAGAAAAAGGAGAGAGAAAACAAGGGAGAGAACACGGGGGUCUUGAGGUGAUGGUUUAUAACAGAGGCGGAUGGGGUUGUUUACUCUAUCUGACGAGGUGGGAUGCGAGCAAAGCUACUGUGCUUAAGGGAGCAAACUAUAAAGAAUUUUUUCGCCGGAGUUAUUUUGUCGCCGGCAAUCAGGUUGAGGUGUGGGCUUUCAGAAACGGAGAUGGAAAGUUGUGCUUCGUAAUUGGGAGCAAAAUUGAUCUUCAGCUUUCUCUUUAG